AUGAGGGAUAAUCGCUGGAACACCACAGCCCUUCUGCUCCUUCGCAUAUCGCAGCUCGUGCUGGGGGCGACUAUACUAGGAAUAUGCGCCUAUUUCGCACCUAAUUACGACGACUGGUUAAUACCUUUCGAUAUUGUGCUCAGCGCCUUCACGUUAGUCUGGGUAGCCGUGGUUCUAGGUCUCUUCUUCGCGAGUAGACUCCUCCCAUUGAUCGUGACCAUGGUGGACCUGGUUCUAGCUGUAUUCUACAUCGUCUCGAUCGCCAUAACGGCAGACAGCUACUCCCGCGCAAUCGGUAACUCCUGUGCCUUCCUCCUCUCGCAACCGAACAUGGACGAGGCCGCGUUCCGGGAUUGCGGAGAGCUGGAGGCGGGGUUCCGCGUUUUGAUUACGCAGACGUUGACGUUUCUCGGAGCGAUUAUCUGGGAUGGCGUAGUCUUGCACCGGAAUCGCAAUGGGAAGCCUAGGGAUGUUCAAGACGCUGCGAAGAAUGCUAUGCAUGGUGCAGAUGCUGGCAGUGGGCAGAUGGUGAGGAUAGGGGGAACUUAUAGGAUGCCGGAACCUAUGGUGGACCCGGAAAACGGUGGUCACGGCGAAAAUGGAAAUCAUGGGGCGCGGGUCCCUCUAUCACAGCACCAGCUGAGGGGUUUCCCGAUUUAUCCGACUCGGAUCGCUACUCUGUUUGAUCCUCGCAUGCAGCAGCACUUACCCCCAGCGAUGCCACAGCAGGGCGUCAUGGCACAGUUUCAUCAGCAUCAGAACCAUCACCAGCAGCAACAGAUUUACCAGUUUGACCAGGUUCAGCAGCACCAGCAACAAUACCAACACCAAUGGCGGUCUCAGCACCAGCGUCAGCGAUAUCAGGAGAAUCGAGGACCGCCCCCGCAGGAGCUAGAUGGAUCGUACUAGCGGAAUCUCCUUUUAUUAUGCUGUUAUGACUUUGUUUAUAAAAUGGGUUAGGUUGGUCAUGUUGGUCGUGCAUGAUACUUUCACCGGUUAAGUUCUUAGCCUGUGCGAGUAUGAUAUUUUGUUUCCAAAGUUCGUGGUAAUGCGGUUGCCUCUUGCUUGUUUGAUGUUAGGUGUUGUCUGCGUUUUUUUCUUCUUUGCCGAGUGAAAGAUUGUGUUUGCUCAAUCUACUCGAAUUAGCUUAGCCUAAAUAUUACCCUAAGAA